AGCGCACGCGCCCGGAGCUCCUGGCGGAAGAGGCGCAGCGCCGCUGCCUCCGCGAGCUCCAAGCCUGGCAGGAACCGGAAGUCGCCCGGCAACUGGAGGAUUUCCGGUACGCCCAACCGGAAGUGCGGGCGGAGCGGGGGCGCGCGCACCAAUCAGCGCGCCGAGCCCGCCCUCGCCCCACCCCCCGCCCUCUCCCAUAGGACGAAGCGGUUGAUGGGCAUGACGCCCGGCGAAACGGAGCUGGCGGAGCUGGACGCGCUACCGACACGUGACCCCGCCCGCGAGCGCCAAUUGGCGGAGGCGCUGCUGGGCCGCCUGGAGGAGAUGCAUAUAACCAGAGAAGAGGUGAGUGGGGGGGGGGGGGGGCAUUCUGGGGGCAUUUUUCUACAUUUUGGGGUUCCCCGUGUACACCGUUCCCCAUUUACGCCAUUUCUCCAUUUACGGCAGUUCCCCGUUUACGACAGUUCCCCAUUUACGGCAUUUCUCCCUUUACGCCAUUCCUCAUUUACGGCAUUUCCUCACUUACGGCAUUCCCCCGUUUACGGCAUUGCGCAUUUACGACAAUUCUGGCUUUACGCCAUUCCUCAUUUACGGCAUUUCCUCAUUUACGCCAUUCCCUAUUUACAACAAUUCCCCGUUUACGACAAUUCUCGCUUUGCGGCAUUCCCCCAUUUACGGCAUUCCCCAUUUACGACAAUUCUGGCUUUACGCCAUUCCUCAUUUACGGCAUUUCCUCAUUUACGCCAUUCCCUAUUUACGACAAUUCCCCGUUUACGACAAUUCUCGCUUUACGGCAUUCCCCCAUUUACGGCAUUCCCCAUUUACGACAGUUCCCGCUUUACACCAUUCCUCAUUUACAGCAUUUCCUCAUUUACGCCAUUCCCCAUUUACGACAAUUCUCGCUUUACAGCAUUCCCCCAUUUACGGCGUUCCCCAUUUACGACAAUUCUCGCUUUACGGCAUUUCCCCAUUUACGACAAUUCCCGCUUUACGGCAUUCCGCAUUUACGACAAUUCUGUCUUUACGCCAUUCCUCAUUUACGGCAUUUCCUCAUUUACGCCAUUCCCUAUUUACGACAAUUCCCCAUUUACGGCAUUCCCGCUUUACGACAAUUCCCGCUUUACGACAAUUCCAUCUUUACGACAAUUCCCCAUUUACGCCAUUCCCCAUUUACGACAAUUCUCGCUUUACGGCAUUUCCCCAUUUACGACAAUUCCCCAUUUACGCCAUUCCUCAUUUACGGCAUUCCGCAUUUACGACAAUUCCAGCUUUACGACAAUUCCAGCUUUACGCCAUUCCUCAUUUACGCCAUUCCUCAUUUACGCCAUUCCUCAUUUACGGCAUUCCCCCACUUACGACCAUUCCCGCUUUACGUUCCUCAUUUACGGCGUUUCCCCGUUAACGCCGCUCCCCGCUAAUUGGGCCGCGCUAAUUAACGGCAGCGCGGCGGCGGUGGCGGCGGUGUGCGCGUACCUGCGGCUGCUGGGGGUGAAGGCGAAGGGCGGCGCCGACGCCAAGAAGCCCAAAGGGCACUUCUUCCGCAAGAAGGUAAUUAACGGCGGCCCUCGUUAA